AUGAAGUGUUCAAAUUGUAAAGUUGAUAAAUUAUCUCGAGAAUUUCCAAAUGAUAUUAUUAGCCAAAAUUGUUUUCAUAUCUCUACUUUUUGUUUAAAGUGUAUAAUAAAUCAUAUAAAUUCUAAAGACCCAUUAAUUGCCGCACAACAACAAUGUCCAGAAUGUAAAGCAAAUAUUAGUGCAAAAGAGAUUGAAAACUUGAAUAUAUCGUGGGAAAAAGCGCCAUUUAGAAUUAAUAUCGAAAACAUUUCAGAGUUACAUUCACAAAAGAUUUCAACAAAAAAUGGGGAAGUUGACGGGCAUGGUAAUGCUACUGCAGGGGAUUUUUAUGUUGUAUUAUUAAACGGUACCAAAUUAAAAUUUAGAUUGGAAAAUAUUAAAACUGUUGGAGCUUUAAAGGAAGCUAUUAAAGUUCAAACUAAAAUCGAGACUACUAAACAAAAAUUAAUUCAUAAAGGUGUUGAAUUGCAAACAUAUACAAAUCAAGGAAGAAUUCAAAAUCCAUUAUCAGAAUAUCACAUAGUAUCAGAAAGUCAUAUACAACUUAUCGUAUUAUUAUAUUCUAUAUCAAAAGAAUUAUCCAUCAGCGCACUAACGUUUGAUUUAUACUGGGGGUAUCCAUCAAGUGGAUGUGAUUAUUUAGAUGGUACCUGUUUGCUUUAUACGGGUUCUGGAAAUAAUGCUGGUCAACUUUGGCGUCGUUUUGAUUAUCAAUCUACAAGUUUUCAUGAUAUCCCUAAUAUGUCACAUUCUGGUGACAUUAUGGAUCACGCAGAGAAGAGGGGACAUCAUCGUAUAACAGCAAAUUUGGCAUCAUUACCACAAACUGUAUCAAAACUAUAUUUUAUCCUAAGUUCAUGGAAUUCACCAAAUAUAGGACAUUUUCCAAAUCCAUCCUUUAAAAUGUUUGAUCCUUCAAAACCCAAUGUUCAAUUAUGUUCUUAUACUAUUCAAUCCGCUGCUUCUUCACAAGCUGUAAUAAUGUGCGUGGCUGCAAGAAAUUCUUUUGAGGGUAAUUGGAAUGUAUUUGAAAUUGGGAAAUUAUCUGCUGGUAAUGCAAAAAAUUAUACUCCAAUCGAAGGUACAAUUAGUAAUAUGGAUAAAUUUUUUGAUCUCGUGUUACAAAAUCUCACUAGCAUAACCGUUGAAAUUCUCGAAUUAAAUGUCAUCCCUUCACUUUUACUUUUUAAAAAAUACCAACGAAAAAAAAAUAAAAUGGCCGGACCUGAUGAAUGGUUAGUUACUAUACGGAAAUGUCAGUAUUUACCUGAGCCUGAUAUGAAAAGGCUCUGUGAAAUGGUUAAAGAAUUAUUAAUGGAGGAAUCAAAUAUACAGCCUGUACACACACCUGUUACGGUAUGUGGAGAUAUCCAUGGACAGUUUUAUGAUUUGCUAGAAUUAUUUCAUGUUGGUGGAGAAAUUCCUGAUACUCAUUAUAUAUUUAUGGGUGACUUUGUGGAUAGGGGUUAUUAUAGUUUAGAAACAUUUACCUUAUUGAUGGUUUUGAAAGCAAGGUAUCCGGACAAAAUUACACUUCUGCGAGGUAAUCAUGAAAGUAGACAAAUCACACAAGUGUAUGGAUUUUAUGUGUUUGAUUAUUUAACAUUAGCAGCUAUUGUAGAUGGACGCGUUUUAUGUGUUCAUGGUGGAUUAUCCCCUGAAGUCAGAACAUUAGAUCAAAUAAGAACAAUACCUAGAGCUCAAGAAAUUCCUCAUGAGGGUGCUUUUUGUGAUUUGAUGUGGUCUGAUCCUGAAGAUAUUGAAACAUGGGCUGUGAGUCCUCGAGGUGCCGGUUGGCUGUUUGGAGCAAAAGUAACGAAUGAGUUUAAUCAAAUUAAUGAUCUAAGUCUAAUAGCCAGAGCACAUCAAUUAGUACAAGAAGGAUAUAAAUAUAUGUUUCCUGAUGAUAACUUAGUUACAGUCUGGUCUGCGCCUAAUUAUUGUUAUAGAUGUGGUAAUGUAGCGUCAAUUAUGCAAAUCAAGGAAAAUUUACAAAUUGAUGAAAGUAGUUUUAAAAUUUUUAAUGCGGUUCCUGAUCAAGAAAGAUCUAUUCCUGCCAGGGCCGGUGUUGGACAGUAUUUUUUGUAA